UCAGCUACUUCAAGUUCAAGGUGCCAAAUCCGACGUCAACUGCCUUCGGACUUUUUCAUCAUCGGAAUCAGCAGCCAUGGCUCUACAAUCUGGAAUAGGGUUUUCGAAGAUCCUUAUUAUAGCUGGAGCUGGAUACACUGGCACGGUUCUUUUUAAGAACGGGAAAUUGUCGGAGCUGAUUGGCGAGCUUCAGUCGCUGGUAAAAGGAUUGGAAAAAUCUGGGGAUCAAUCUGAUGGUGACAGUGAAUAUGCUGAUGCCAUUGCUAAUCAGGUUCGUCGUCUUGCAAAUGAGGUUCGACAAUUAGGUGCAAAUAAACCAAUCACUAUAUUGAAUGGGAGUACUGGGCAAAUGGGCAACUUAUCAUCCCUUGUGGUUCCGGCAGCCACCUUGGGUGCUCUAGGGUAUGGUUACAUGUGGUGGAAGGGUAUUUCUUUCUCAGAUCUUAUGUAUGUGACAAAACGUAACAUGGAAAAGGCUGUCUUAGAUCUGACAAAAAAGCUGCAGCAUGCCUCAGAUGUCAUUGCUGAUGCCAAGAAGCAUUUGACUCAGAGAAUUCAAAAUUUGGAUGAUAAAAUGCUGAAGCAGAAUGAGUUGGCACGUUCGAUCAAGGAUGAUGUUGCUGGAGUUCGAAACACAAUCACUAAUUUCCAUGAUGACUUGGGUAUCUUGCAACAAACGGUGGAAACGUUGGAUGAAAGAUUAGCUACGUUGAGUUGGAAGCAGGAUUAUGCAAAUUAUGGUUUGGAGUACCUCAUCAACUUUGUAAAUGGAAAAUCGAGUAAAAGUCCUGAAUUUUUGCAGCAGGGGCAGCCAAAACUUCCUGGGAAGCCCCCCGGUUUGCUCAAAUACUCUGGAAACCCGAAUGUCAAGGGCUUGAUAGACAUUGUAGACACGUUGCCUGGUGGAACAGACCGGUCAGCUUCAGAUGUAAUUGUGCAAGAUGGUAUGGACAGGCCAGAACAGCAGCGAAAACCAUUAUUUAGGGCUGGGUCAACCAGGUACUGAUGUAUAGUUCCCGACAAAAUUGGAUAUAGCGUAGCUUUCAAAAGGCAAUUCUUUCAUUGUCUUCCUCUUUCAUUAAAUGUAACAGUAAUUUGGCAGCUCGGUUGUUGGUGAGAAAUUGAGAUCGGUUGUGAUCUCUUGUGCUCACUCUUAAAACUACAGUUAGUAUUAAUACAUAGACUACUUGAGUUCAUAUAUAUUCAAGUCCCUGAGGUGUGAUUCCACGAGUUUGUAUAUAAUUUCAAAAUAAUCAUAAUAAUAAUAAUUUUGCUACUUGUGAUA